UCUGAUACCAGCUGUUCAUGUUCUUGUUCCUUGUAUUGGUCCUUUCGUUUCUUGCUUAGAUGUUUCUUGAAGGCUCAGUCGUCUGCUUACCGACAGUACUUUGACCAUCUUAAGUUCCCUUAAUAGGUUGUCAGGAAAACUACACUCAUGGAGCACAUGGGACACCACAUAGAACAUAGUGCUCAUGGCCACGACCACAAUGCUCAUGGCCACGAUCACAACAGCAUGCUACAAACAUCGGAAUCACCUGUAACACAAAGUAGUCAUGUUAUGAUGGAUCAUAGCUCCAUGAUGCACAUGAUGACAUUCCAUUUUGGAUACAAUGAGACGAUUCUGUUUGAGUUCUGGAAGAUUUCAAGUGUAGGUGGCUUGAUUGGUUCAAUGUUUGGAAUAUUUUUUAUGGCAGCACUAUAUGAAGGCCUCAAGUACUAUAGAGAGUACCUAUUCUGGAAGACUUACAACUCUUUGCAAUAUCGUUCAGUGGAUGUUCCUACCAACAAGAACACUGCUCCAGAAGAAAAUUCUGUUGUCCAUGUGGUGGGAGAAGUCAUUCACAGGCAGCCGCCUACCAUGCUGAGCGCAAACCAUGCAUUCCAGACAUUGCUCCACAUUAUUCAGAUAGUGGUGAGUUAUUUCCUCAUGCUGAUAUUCAUGACAUACAACGUAUGGCUGUGUGUGGCUGUCGCUCUAGGAGCUGCCACUGGCUACUUCCUCUUUGGCUGGAAGAAAUCGGUCAUCAUUGAUGUUACGGAACACUGUCACUGACCUACGUAUUCUGCUCUUGACGUUAUCUGUGAUCUCCUGUAUGAAAGACUUCCUAUGUACAGAUACUCUCAAAAUUGUGUCAAAUCUAAAACUAUAAUUGCGAUAGAAACUGGCUACAACUACUUUGUCACAGGUUUUACUUUAAACUAGGUGGAUGCUGGCAAUGGUUACUAUUUUUAUGUUUAUGAUUUGUUCUAUUUGACUUUAAGAAUAUAUUUUACUAUAGUGAUGUUUUUAUAAAAUGUGAAGGAUCUAUUUUUAACUUUGAUUUGAUCUUGUUCAAUUUGUUACGUAUAACGGGAGCUUCAUAUUUAUCUCAUAAGUAUAGUCAAACUGAAGAUAGUUCUGGUUAGUAACUGGCGACUGCAAAUGUUACUGCUUUAAAAAUGGACAGAUAAGCGUCUAGAUAUCCACAUAUAGAGUUGUUCUAUUUGUCAUGUCUUAAUUUUAUGCAAUGUUUAAUAUUCUAGUGUUUCAAAUUCUUUAAAAAGUGGUUUUACUUGUGAAUUAUCUCCACUACAGAUAAGCAGUGUUGAACUAUUUUUAAACACUUGAGAUUGUAAAGCCUGAAUAUAAAAAGGCUAAAAAAAUUUAUUUAAAAAUUAAAUCUCUUUUAAAUGAGAAGUUAUAAAAUUUAAAAAAUAAUUGUCUAACUUUAGACAGAAAAGAAACAUGCUUUGUUUGGUAUAAAAAAUGAAUAUGAUGUUUAUAAUAUUGAAAACAACAAUACAGCAAUCACAUUUGAAUGUUAGUGUAGAUUUAGUUUUAGUGGCCUUUUUAUUCUACUAAAGUUGCUAUUUUUUUAUCCCCUUUGAUUAUAUUUUAUAAGUAUACGCCUCUAAUUUACAGAAACAAAUAAUUUAAAAGCCAGUUGUAGUAAAACAACCUAGAUUAUUAUUAAGAACAAAUUGUUGAGAAUGUUUUUUAUGAAUAACUAACAAUAAUUUUGAAAAAUUAGUGUUUUGAUUGUUUAUUUUUGAAAUGAGACAUCUCCAAUGAUUCUGUGUCAAAAAUAAGUGCUUCAAAAUUUUUGAGGUUUAGCAUUGUUCUUAGGAGCUAAAUUCAAGGUAGCCUCCAAUACAGCUGGCUCUUAGAUUAUAAAGUAGAAACCUUUCAUUAUACUCCAUAGAGAAAUAUAAUAUUAUAUGGUUAUAGUUAUAAUAGUUUUAAUAUUAUAUAACUGAUUAUAAUGUUUUUUAAGGAAAAUAUGUUUUCUGUAUUAUUUUAAGACAAUUACUGGUAGUUCCUAAUAUCAAAGUAAUCGUUUAUAUCGAAAAAUAUUCAAGAAAUCCAUACUUUUUUAAGGCAGUGUGAAGUUUACAAAUACAGAAAAGUUAAUACUGUUUAAUUAAAUCCCCAUUUGAUUAGGAAUUCUUUUAUAGGUGUGAAGAUUUAAAUGAAAUAUUUUUUUUAAUAUAAAGUUAUUCACAUACAUAGUCGAGCAUUAACUACAAAAGCGGUUGUCUAGUACCUACUCAAACCUGAUUCACACAAUUCAUAUUGUAAACCAAAUUUUCAUGGCUAAAAUAAGAAAAGAUUUUGAGAUCUGUAAAAGAUUUUGUAAUGAACACUGUUAAUAUUAUUGACAAAAAUACACAUUAAAAAUAUAUGUACACAAUAUUAUACUCUUAUAUAUUAUACUGUUUGUGAAUAAAAUAAACAUAUCAUAUAAUUUAUAAGUUUUAAAAUAGUUGAUGACUAGCAUAAGCAGGUGGGCUGAAUAAGAAAAUGUAAUGACCCAGUUAACAAACAAGAAUCUGAAUUCUCUUUAUUCACGAAUGUAGUGUAUGGAUGUAAGCAUAGUAUAUGGAUAUUUCAAAUGUCCAUUACAAAUAGUUCUCUGAAUCAUUUGAUAAGAUUGUAAAUUCUGUAGUUCACAUUGUGUUUGAAGUGUAUUAUUGACAGCAAUGUACUGAGGGAUUUAUUCCUCAAACUUAUAAUCCUUUAUAUCAUUUGUCAUGAAAUAAAACUCCAGUUGAAUGUUCUGUUAAAAGGUUAGAGUGUGCUGAACUUGAAUCUUGUUACAUGUUAAUACCCCUUGUAACUAAUAAGACAUGGGUAAUAAAAUUCUAUUGUGGUUUGUA